AUGGCUGGUACCGAUGGAGGAGUCCGGCAGAGAGGGAAACCCCCAAAAUACAGAACCUCAUGCGAUAACUGCCAGACGGCAAAGGUGAAAUGUGGCCAUGAAAAGCCAUCUUGUCGCCGAUGUUCCGUGCACAGAGUGGACUGUGUGUACAGCCUGUCGCGUCGAAUGGGCCGUCCGAGAGCGAAGAAAGUCGUCGCGGAUGAGCCCAAUCGUAGGCUGCCAACUAGCACAGAAUCAACUGAGACAGAGAUCCCAAAGCCUGCCACUCCGGACACUGAGAUUGAAGAUGCUGAGCUUACAACACACUUAGCUGAGUCUUCCGCCAUGGAGGCUGAGCCGAGCGAUCCUCAAGCAGCUGUGCCUGGACAAGUACCCGAGCCUUGGGCGCCUUUGCUAGGCGACCUGGGGCAACUUAACGAAACAGAAGCCAUCAACAAGCUCAAUCAGACGCCGCAACCGGAGAAUGAUUCGAUAGAGUUCUUAUCAACAGAGUCUCCAAUGGAGCUCGUUGAAAUAACUGCAUUUGAUGGAAUGCCAUCGUUUUUGGACGAUAUGUCGAGCUCUCUUCAACCCCAAACUUCUGCGUCAGCGAUUCCCGUGGGGCUUUUUGAUCCUCAUGACAUGCUAUCGUUUGCCUUGCCAGCUAUGAACGCAAAAUCAGAUGCAAAUGAUUCGCUAUCAAUGCAGCAACCCGAGCCGUCCUUAGCACGAGAGCCAUGCAUGUGUCAGCACUCGACCACAUCAUCGGGGAACAAUGUCAUAUUGGUUCUUAGCAACAAGGAUCAACCAAAUGGGCUGCUACAAUAUUCAUCAACCUCAUUUCAAGAUGCGAGUUGUUCUCCUCGAGAUGAGUUUUCAGAGUCGUCAUCAAAUACCUCGCAGCCCAGCGACUCAUCAUCGAGUCUUCAUACCAGUCGUGAAAGCAGCUCUGAAUUGUCUUGGCGCACAACGCAAGUCACAUUGGUCCACACUCAAUGCGACUGCAUGGAAACCAUUUCGAAGCGCAUUGCAAGUCUGAAGCUGGAGCAACAGAGUUCAAGCUUCAUGCCAAUAGAUUGUGUCUUAAUGCUGGAGAAGGAGGUGGAAGAAUCGCUUGCUCAUCUCCACCAAUGUAAAAACUGCCGGCUUGACAGUAUCUUGCAUUUAUUGGCGCUGAUUAGUGUCCGCAUGAUGCUCGAUAUUCUGCAAAAGACUGCUCGCAGCGAGUUUGUGUCGAGACCCAAGUCAGUGCCAGACAGCCCAAGUGACGACAUUGCCCUUUGCAUAGGUAACUUUAAGGUUCCCUCACGAGUACGGUUUAGGUUUCUUCGGAAGGCGUUGCAGGCCCGAUUUCAUGGAUUGGUGGCAUUAAUCGAAGAGCGAGAGAGACUAGUGACUGGAAAGAAGCAAGAUAGUUUCUCAAAGUCAGCAUCUUCAUUACUGGGUGAUAUAUCACGGGGCUUGCGAACUAUCAUGGGGUGGAUUGAGCUAUGUACUACUGAAUCAUUCCUCUGGAACCCUUUCAUAGAGGCCUUCACAAUGUGGCAGAACGAUCUAUUGAGCAUGGAAAAAACUAUUUUGCGGUAUCUUCUACAACGCGCCGUAGAAAACCCAGUGGCUACUACAGCCGUUGUCGUUGGUUCUUCAAUUCUGCUGAUAUUAUUCUUUGACUGGCUCAAUUACCAAAAACAGCGAAAACGACUUGGGAAUAUCCCCGUUGUAGGCGACGCGCCAUAUCUCUGGAAGCGGCUUCGUUGGACCGAAAAUGAGUCAAACUUGAACGGUGUUCUCCAGCGCGGUUACGAUACGUUCAGCAAAAAGCUCAAACCGUGGGCGUAUUGGGGCCAACACGAUGAUUUCAUCCUUGUGCUUCCUCCGGGAGCAUCUGAUGAGGUGAAAAACGCGGAUAUAAGUCAGAUGAGCUUCUUACAGGCCGUCGAAGAUAGUUAUCACUUUAGACUGCACACCAAUAUCCUGGGCCGUGCACACGUCGACGCUGUCCGGCAAUCAGUAAACAAAAACAUGACACGGGAACCGUUCGCCGGGUUUCUCGAACUUUGGCAUUUGGUGCAUAUGGUUGCGGCAUCGUUCCUUAUUGGGCCCCAUUUCGCGAGCAAUUCAGAGUACAUGAGCUACAUCGAAGAUUACUGUCUCAAUGUGCCAGGUUUUGUUCACCAGUACUUUUGGGUUCCCGCUCCGCUCCGGAAGAUGUUUUGGCAUUUAUCGCCUGCUGGGUCCAGGGUCCGGAAAGUGAUUAAAAAACUGAAGUUUUUCAUCAUUCCUGAGCUUCGGCGAACAAUUGAGAUUUGGCGCACGAUUGGGCGAUCGGAUGCCGAAUACACAUUGCUCGGAGCGAUGCUCGAUCUGAAAGAAGAGAGAGGCAUGAUCAAGCGCGACCCUACGGCUAUGAGCAGUGAAGAAGAAGAGCGACAGAUUGACAUAUUCUCCGAUGAAGUCAUCUUUACGGCCUUUGACAGCGCAGGUCCGGUUGUAUGCCUCGUCACUCAGCUCCUCUAUGAGUCUAUUCGGGAUGAAAAGCUCACAGAAACCUUGCGGGCUGAGAUUUCCACGGCACUUGCUGCUAAUAACGGUGAAUGGUCUGUGCAGAUGAUGAGCUCUCUUCCUCGCCUGGAAAGCUUCACGCGGGAAACUCUCCGUGUCAAUGGUCCAACCCUAUUCAGUGUUACGCGUUCGGUGCUUAAACCGUUUCAGCUGAAGUCUGGACUCACUCUACGACCUGGAAACAUCAUCACGUCGCCAUCCUGGAUGAUCCACAGAGACGAAGACAACUAUCCGAAAGCACAUGAGUUUGAUCCAUAUCGAUUUUACGAUGAGACGACUAACACUGCCACCACAAAGGCCACGACUGCAAGUAAUACUUUUCUGGCCUACGGAUACGGGUCGCAAAUGUGUCCUGGCCGCUAUCUUGGCGUUCGAAUGACUCAGAUAAUUUUUGCCAAGCUGCUGAUGCGAUAUGAUGCUCUCUUUGAGGGAGACAAAAGAGCGAAGCCGGAUAACAUUGUGAUGCCAGGCCAGGUGCUUCCAUCAUACUAUGCCAAAAUCGUGCUCAAGUUGAGGGACGAGGCAAAGACGCAGACGCACGAGUAAGCAUCGCGAUGGACGCGUUACUGGCUACAUAAUGGCCGGAUUGUCGGCUUUGUAUCCGUACCACUGGCACUAGGCAUCGCCUUUAACAUCAUCUGUUCAUGUUUAGAUACGCUAUGACUGCCAAGAGGCCACCAUGAUGGACUUCAGCUCAGCACGGGGCGCAUUGAGGAACGGGAGAGAAAUGACAUCAGUCGCGUAUUGUUGGUAGCUGUCGGAAACUAAUGUAGCUCCAUGUUCAUUGUUUGGAUCAACCAAUCGGUAACUUUUAGCUUUGGCCAGGGGUCAGGAUCAGCCACUUUGUUUUUGCCGCUACUGCAAACAUCAUGUCUUGGAUAUUGCUUAACUUCUAUGACUACGCGUAUCGCUAUAUUUCAG